CCUUGUACCUUGCUGAGUUUUUCAUACAACAGUUAGCAAGCAUGAUGGUAAGGUUAUGAGGAAAGCAAGUUAAAGUAAAGAGAGCUAAAUAUCAGGAGCAUGUCAGUUGUUAAAGUGAUGGCCGGGUUUCUCCUGAUAAUCGUUCCCUCUGCUACUUGCUUGUAAACAAUAAUGGAAAGGGUGCCGUCUUUUACAACGUCAAUUAUUGCUGGUGGAGCUGCUGGCCUUGUUGUGGAUUUGUCACUUUUUCCUUUGGACACUCUUAAAACUAGAUUACAAAGUGCUCCAGGAUUUUGGAAAUCUGGAGGAUUUAAAAAUGUGUACCGAGGUAUUGUUCCGGCUGCUGCUGGAUCAGUUCCCUGUGCUGCCUUAUUUUUCUGCUCCUACAACUCAUGUAAAGUUAAUUUAGGAAAUUUAUUUGGCCAAGAUUUCAAACCCUUUGUCCAUUUAGUGAGUGCUUCAGUUGGUGAAAUUGCUGCAUGUUCACUACGAGUGCCAGUUGAAGUAAUAAAGCAAAGACUACAAACUUCAAUUACUAAGAAGUCAGCUCUACAGUUGACUAUUAAUACUUGGCAUGAGGAAGGCAUCAGGGGCUUUUAUCGUGGAUUUGGCAGUACCAUCUUAAGAGAGGUUCCAUUCUCUUGUAUUCAAUUUCCACUGUGGGAAAUAUUAAAAACAACUUGGUAUCAAAAGAGUGGACGAAGUGUACAUCCAUGGGAAGGAGCUGUGUGUGGAGCACUUGCUGG